AUGGGCAUUGAGACGACUCCCGCUGUCGAGGAAUCGACGGAGCCUCCUAUAGGUCCCUAUACGGAGCCCAGAUACCAAGAAACACCCGAACGCCGAAGCGUACCAUCGUACGACCUCAAUGAGAAACCGGUGACGACGCCGGUCAGUCAUCCCAGAGCUCUAGUGUCUAGGUCUGCCGACACCGAUCAGCAUGCAUCCGGCAGUCCGAAUGAAAGAGCAAAGGAUCGUCUCAAGGAUGCCCAUUUCCUGGAGCCUGGCGACAUUGCAGACCUCAUCCAGACACAUUUGCAAAAUGGACUCUCCAGCACCGAGGCAGACGCGCGUUUGCAGCGGGAUGGCCCAAAUGCCGUCCGCGAAGUCGAGAGUGUCUCCAUCUGGGGGAUAUUGCUAAGACAGGUGUCGAACAGUUUGACGAUUGUUCUCCUGAUUACCAUGUCCUUGUCUUUUGGAAUUGACGAUUACAUCGAAGGCGGCGUCAUCACAGCCGUCAUUCUCUUGAAUAUUGUCGUUGGAUUCGCCCAGGACUACAAAGCUGAGAAACAGAUUCUCUCUUUACACCGACUAUCGGCGCCAAUAUGCAAAGUGAUCCGGGACGGGCGUGUGACCUCCGUCAAGGCCGAGUCGCUGGUGGUCGGAGAUAUAGUCCGUCUGGCCGUUGGCGAUAUCGUCCCGGCAGAUCUACGGCUCUUCGACGGAAUGAAUAUUUCCACGGACGAGGCCCUUCUGACGGGCGAAUCCUUGCCGGUCCUGAAAACACCACUAGCCACUUUAACUGCGGCCGAUAUUCCCAUCGGCGACCGGACGAAUAUGGCAUACUCGGGUUCCAGCACGACUCAAGGCCGAGCAACCGGGAUCGUCGUCGCGAUAGGUAUGAGCACGGAGGUGGGCAAGAUCGCCCAACUUCUUCAAGAUCAAGAUGCCACGGCGAGUGACAAAAGUCCCCUCGUUCGCACACUGUACCGGAUCAAGUCGUUCUUUGGCAAUAUUUUGGGCCUCGUCGGCACCCCACUGCAGGUCAAGCUGAGCAAAUUUGCACUGCUCCUCUUUGUCUUGGCCAUAAUCCUGGCGAUCAUCGUUUUCUCAGUCAAUCUGUGGGAUGUGCAAGGCGAAGUUUUGAUCUACGGGAUUUGUGUCGCCGUGGCCGUCAUCCCCGAGUCACUCAUCGCCGUUCUCACCAUCACCAUGGCGGUAGGCACCAAAGCGAUGGCGCGAGGGAAUGUCAUCGUGCGUAAGUUGCAGUGUCUAGAGGCAGUUGGCGGUGUCACGAAUAUCUGUUCCGACAAAACAGGUACCCUAACACAGGGCAAGAUGAUUGCACGAUCUGCGUGGAUCCCCGGAGCUGGAACAUUGACGGUGCGCCAGACGACGGAUCCAUAUGAUCCAACCAGCGGAGUGGUGCAGCUGGAUGAGAUCGACUGGGAAUCAGGCUAUCCCAUAGAAGAAAAUCCUGCUUUGCAUACCUUUCUCUCGGCUCUGGCACUCUGUAACCUCUCCGUCGUACAGCGUGAGAACGAAGUAUGGACGGCGGUUGGGGAACCAACUGAAAUUGCCUUGCAUGUCUUGGCUAUGCGGUUCGGCUUUGUCAAGAGCGCUGUGAUCAACCGCCAGGACCUGGAGCUUCAUACAGAAUAUCCAUUCGACUCGGCUAUCAAGAAGAUGACAGUCGUUUACAGCAACCCAGAGGGAACUUGCCAUGAAGUCUACACAAAAGGCGCACCAGAGGCUGUCAUCCCCAGUCUUGCAGUUAGUGAAGACGAAAAACAAAGCAUCCAAUGGCCGCAGAAGGACUCCGUGUUCUCUGCAUCGCCCAGAAAAGCACCCCCCAUCGACAAGCCCGACAUGGUAUCUCCACGCAAAGCAGCCGAGACAGAUCUUCUCUUCGGUGGCCUCGUCGGCCUCUACGACCCUCCCCGUAUCGAGACAGCCGCAGCUGUACGCAAGUGCCAGAUGGCAGGGGUCGCCGUGCACAUGUUGACAGGCGAUCAUAUUAAAACAGCAACAGCCAUUGCCUUUGAAGUGGGCAUUCUCGACCGAGCUGCGGAGCCAUCCAAAUCCAGCAAAUUGGUCAUGGCCGCGGACGAGUUCGAUAGAUUGACCGAUCCUGAAAUCGAUACGAUCGAGGACCUUCCGCUCGUCAUUGCUCGCUGUAGUCCGACCACGAAAGUCAGGAUGGUCGAAGCCAUGCAUCGUCGUCAGGCAUUUUGCGUGAUGACGGGAGACGGAGUGAAUGACUCGCCAGCUUUAAAAAGGGCUGAUGUUGGUAUUGCCAUGGGCAAGAAUGGGAGUGACGUGGCCAAGGAAGCGGCGGAUAUGGUGCUUACCGACGAUAAUUUCUCUUCAAUUGUGAAAGCUGUUGAGGAGGGUCGGAGGUUGUUUGAUAAUAUCCAAAAGUUCCUCAUGCAUCUUCUCAUCUCAAACAUUGCUCAAGUAAUCCUCCUCCUGAUAGCUCUCGCAUUCAAAGACGCAGGCGGCGACUCCGUCUUCCCACUCUCCCCACUAGAAAUCCUCUGGGCCAACCUAAUCACCUCCUCUUUCCUAGCCGUCGGCCUAGGCCUAGAAGAAGCCCAACCAAACAUCAUGUACCGCCCACCGCAUGACCUCCGCAUCGGCGUCUUCACCCGCGAGCUAAUCACAGACAAAAUGAUCUACGGGACAUUCAUGGGGUCUCUCUGUCUCGUCUCCUUCGUCUGUGUCAUUUAUGCCGCUGGGACAGGAACUUCAGAUUUGGGCGAUGGGUGCAACCAAGGCUACAAUCCAUCCUGCGACAUUGUCUUCCGAGCCCGAGCAACAACUUAUGCAACACUGACCUUCCUAUUGCUGGUCACAGCCUGGGAAGUAAAACAUUUCUCCUGGUCCCUAUUCAACAUGGACCCAGUCGGAUAUCCUCGCAAGCGAUCCGUCUUCUCGACGAUCUGGCGAAACAGAUUCCUUUUCUGGGCGGUUAUGGCGGGCUUCGUCAUUGCUUUCCCUGUAAUUUAUCUCCCGGUCGUGAACCAGCUUGUCUUUAAACACCACGCGAUCACGUGGGAAUGGGGUAUUGUACUUGGAUGUACAGUGACGUACCUCGCCUGUGUCGAGAGCUGGAAGGCAGUGAAGCGGGCGUAUGGCAUUGGUAGCGGCAAACACGCUCCGAUGACGCUAGAGGCGGCAGAGACGAGGGCUGGUCUCAGUACACUUACGCCGUUGUCUAUGAGCGCCAAUGCAAGCGUUGAGAUGAGUGCCAAUGCGAGUGUGGAGAUGAAGUGA